AUGGACCGCCAUAAGAUAAGAUUUUCAGCCCGUGUGGUGUCUAGCGAUAGGAAUACGUUCAUCAAAUACAACAAUAGAAGAUUCACCAAGUUUGAACUUUUUUUACUAGUAAAGACCAACAACGACAUCACCCUUGACACGGGCAGUCAGGUGGACCUCGGCCUCGAGGUCGAGCUUGAUGCCGAGCAGAAGAGCGGCAUCCUUGAGCUUGCCAUUGUCGUCGGCAGCGCCCUUGAUGAUUUGGCAUAA